AAAAAUAACCAAAAAAUAAAAUAAGAAUACAAUAUAAAAUAAAAAAUAAAUAAAACCCUGAGAGAAAGUUCAGUUCAGUUUCACUUCACAAAGACAAGAAAAAGGAAUGUGAAGAAGAGGAAGAAGAAGAAGUACGUAAGCAAUGGGAGGAGUGACGUCAUCAAUGGCAGCGAAAUUAGCAUUCUUUCCACCAAACCCACCAUCAUACAAACUCAUCAAAGAAGAAGCAACAGGUUUAUUGUUGAUGGAACCAUUCCCACACCGUGAAAAUGUUGAAGUUUUGAAAUUUCCUAAUCGACGUGGAAUUGAGAUCGUUGCUAUGUAUGUUCGUCAUCCAAUGGCGAAAACCACUGUGCUGUACUCUCAUGGAAAUGCUGCUGAUAUUGGUCAGAUGUAUGAGCUUUUUGUGGAGCUUAGUAUUCACCUGCGGGUUAAUCUCAUUGGAUACGAUUACUCUGGCUAUGGACAGUCGUCAGGGAAGCCAAGUGAGCAUAAUACGUAUGCUGACAUUGAAGCUGUAUAUAAGUGUCUCGAAGAGAACUAUGGUGCUAAGCAGGAAGAUAUAAUCCUUUAUGGUCAAUCUGUUGGGAGUGGUCCUACUUUGGAUCUUGCUGCUCGAUUACCCCGACUGAGGGCUGUUGUUCUCCAUAGUCCUAUACUAUCGGGGUUGAGAGUGAUGUAUCCGGUGAAAAGGACAUACUGGUUUGACAUCUAUAAGAACAUUGAUAAAAUUCCGUUGGUGAAGUGUCCAGUGCUAGUGAUUCAUGGAACUGCUGAUGAGGUUGUUGAUUGCUCUCAUGGAAAGCAUUUAUGGGAGCUAUGCCAACAGAAAUAUGAACCUUUAUGGCUCAAAGAUGGAAACCACUGUAACUUGGAGCUCUAUCCAGAAUACCUUAGACAUCUAAGAAAAUUCAUAUCAACGGUAGAAAAGUCACCAUCCCAAAGACUGAGUUUUAGAAGAAGUGUGGAUAGGGUUGAACAAUCCAGAGGAAGUACUGAUUGCUCAGAAAAGCCAAGGAAGAGCACAGAUCACAGAGACAAACCACCAAGAAGUACUGAUAAGUCAGAAAAACUGAAAUAUCAUGAAUUCAAAUUCAACAAUCCUGAGAAAUUAGAGAAGUUAAGAGUCCAAUUUGACCAGACGGAGCGGUCAAGAAGAAGCGUAGAGUACAAUGACAAAUCUAGAAGCAUUGAAUUCCAAGAGAAAUCCAGAAGAAGUGUCGAUGUUCAGUUUGAGAGACCGCGGAAGAGCAUCGACUGGCUGGAUAGAAUUCGAGCUAGUUGAGCUUCUUGAAGCAUCUGUAAUAUUGGAACUGGGUUUGCUAGGCGGGAGGGGAAAAAGUACAAAGAUACGACAGACACAGUUAUUUACACUGGGUGUUUAACUUAUGGUUUGCAGAAUGCAUAUGUUGCUAUUGCAGUUUCAUACUUCCAUUGUAUUAUUACAUUUCGGAUAUGUUGCAGAACACGAUAUUCUUAGUUUUCCAUUAUUAAUAUUAUUUUCGAUUGAUGUGACUCUAACCUUGUAUUAGUUUCAUACUUCCAUUGCAUUGUAACAUUUGAUUUGGAUAUGUUGGGGGACUAGAUAUUCUUAGUUUUUUAA